UACUUUGUGAAGCUACUUUCCCUUUUCUUGCUGUGAGGCCCUUCUCUCUAUAACUGCAGGGUCCUGUUCUCACUCUUCAAAACUAUGAUAUUUAAAGUAAAAUUCAUUUAAUAUAUAUAUUAGAAACCUCAAUUUAAUUCUUACUAUUGUCACUGCACACAGGGUUUUUUGUUCACCUUUCCAGUAAGGCCUUUCUUCAUGUGAAGCAACUUCUCCAUAGCUACCAAAAAUGUAUGUUUCUCAUCGGUUAGAACUUGUUAAAAGUUUCUAAUGCAAAUAAAAUCAACAUUAUAAUAAUGGAAACUGAAAGUCUUUGCAUAGACAUAGUUUAAGUAGAGAACACUAUAGGCCUCUCUGUUACUUUGUUUUUUAAACAACAGUAACUUUUGAUUUUUUUUUCUAAUUAUUUCAGUGUAAUUCCUUUUCUUCGUAUUGGAAGUAAUCAUUGUAUCUUCUGUAGGUCUAAUUUUUUCCUCCCUUAAGUCAAUGGAUGUUUUCCCAUCGAUUUGUAGGUUUUGAAUCAAAACUGUAAAAGAAACUCAAGAAAUGCUAUUUAUUCUCAGUAUAAUACCACCCUUGGUAUUUUAACAUUAUUCUUGUCCCAAACUUUAUUUAUUUAUUGAUUUUUAGAUAUGUGAUGCCUUUAUGAAAAAGAGCUUAGAGAGCUGUGUUAUUUUCAGAGUAACUAUUUGAAAAACUAUGUAGGAGAUAAUUUUUAGGGACUGGAAUAAAUUCUUUACAGAUCAUCUUCAUGCAUAAUUUUGAUACAAAGAUUUUGACAGAAGCUUACAAGAAAGAUCCCUCAUCUGAAAUUGUAUGCAUUUUUAACUGAACUGUAUGUCAAUUUUAAAUGAGUUAUGUUUAAAUGUAAUUUAAUAAACCUGCCCUUUCCUAUUUAAAAUUAAGAUCCUUCAGGGAAGAUAAUUUGCUGCUAUGAAAAAAAAUCCUUCUGGUGAUCAUAGAUUUGAUAUAUAUACCUUUAUGAUGAUAAAAGCAGCAUAUUUUAAAGCAUGACAACUUUACAACUUCCAAUGCAUGCAGAAGCAGCUUUUUGCAAUGACCGGUUUAUUUUAAUGUGUAGGCAUCACUUAACUCAGUGUGACUGUAAGCAUGCCCUUAACUUUUUUUAAAAAAUAAAUAAUAUGUAUGGAACAAUUAGGUGUUUCAAAACUAAUUAUGCAAGGGGAUCAGUUGAACUUGUUUUUCUCUCAGACUUGACUUUUAUGUACUGAUCUCAUAAAUGAAGAAUAACUUUGGGGAUGUAGGCAGUGAAAUUUCUGUCAACUUUCAGUAUCUUGUUUAGGUAUUUUUUUUUCUUUAAAAACAAAAACCACAUGACCAGAGUUGAAAUAACUCACUGUAUUAAUAGAUAAAAAAAUUUGAUUUGGUUAAUGCAGGUAAAAAUUAAAAGUUCUCAAUUUUUUUUUUUUAUCCAUUACCAUCUUUUUUUCAGUGCAAACAAUUAUGAAUGUGAAAGAACAAGCAGUGAAUUACAGCAGCUGAACAUAUAGAGUUUAAAGUUGUAAUGUUUCUGGGAUUAAUUUAUUCAAGGGCAUCCAGAAGGCUGAGGGGAUAGUCAAUCUGAGAUGUAAUUUUAACUAAACACUAGGUAGUAUUUGUGGGAAAAUUAAGAAUAUAUGUGCAAGAACACUGGCUGUAAAUGAUUUUGUAAAUACUCGAUAGUGUUUUGUUUGGUCAUUCCUCUCACAUACCUCAAAGCCAGAGCUCCAGCUGUCAUAACUCCCUUGAAUGUACAUGUUGGGGUGUACAGGAGAAUACCUGUACCAUUAGUCUGUAUUCUGUGGGCAGAAGCAUGUUUCUUUUUCUAGGAGAUGAGAAGAGAUCCCACUUUUUCUGUUCAGGUGCAUUGUGACACUGAUGACAGUGGCUGCAGAUCUGUCAGGCUGCGCAAUUCAGCAGGAGCAUCUGAGCACCCUGUAGUGCAAAAGAUGCAGUGCACUGCCGGCAGCAUCCUACAGAUACCAGCACUGUGAUGAGUCUGUAUUUCAGAUUUGGCAUCUCUGAGAAAACGGACUUCAGGAUUCCUGAUAGGUAACUUCAGAUUUGUUAUGGUUUUAUGAUUUUUGGUUAUUGUUAUUCCACAUCAUAACAUCAUGUAGUGCACUGAGAGUUAAAGAGUUAAAGCUCCAGUUCCGGGUACCUGUCCCAGAAGAGAACUACAUACCCCAGAGCACUUUGCGUUCAGAGAGGAGAUAUAACACCUAGCAAGUUCAUGAGACCUUCCCUUUUUCCUUUUUGAUCCUCAGGCUCUCCUCCCUGCUGCUCGACCCAACCGCAUGUCUCACCUCAGCAUUAUAGUAAGGCCUUCAGUUUUUGGACACUUUCUCUCGUUAUAUUUGAUUUAUUAGCUCCAAUUCUAAUUAUAUUGUAGUAUAUUGUAUUAUAGUGUGUUAUCUUGCAUUCCAUUAUCUUAUGUAGUAAAUCAGUUUGUUUCUCCUCAGAUUGUUGCCUCUGUUAUUUCUGGGGUCCAUCUCUCUACCCUUUUUCUCUAAUCCCCUUUUUUGGAGGUGUGGAUCUGUGGGUCCCUCCGCCCCGCUAGUCAUGGAACGGGGCCAAACCAGCCCAUAAACUCUUGACAUUCUUGGUGGAGAAUGCGGGCAAAGGCCACUUCUUAGCUUUUAGAACAAAUCUCUCUCUGCUCUCGGAGAACUUCGUUCAGAAACUUUAUCAGGUUUCUGUGCUGAAAAACUUGACCUUGAAAGUCCAGGCAGACUGUCAGUAAUCUGGGAUAUUUGUAAACUUUGAGCACUGCUAUCUUGUUUCUGUAAAGAGGAAAAAAAAUGAUUCUGCUUUCUCUUUUAAACCUGUUUGCAGAGGGAGCUGCUAAUUUUACAGAACUUGUGGUUUUUAAGCAGGCUCCCAGUCUCUCCUUUGAAUCCUUUAUGCAGUUUUUGAUUACAUUGUUAAUUUCCCUGAAUGUACUGUUCAUUAUUUUAAUUUUUUCACUCAGUAUCUGUGUUUAUAAUAUUCUGAGGAAGCCUUCCCCAGAACCAGAGAAUACUGAGUGGCAGGGAGAAGCUUGGGAGAGACUUUAGAGAGAUGGACAUCCUUGGUGUCAUGGAACUUUACUCCUGAACACCUGAAAGACCCUGAGAGCUUAAACAGAUAUUUGAGACAGGGAUGUUGCGGCUCAGGCAGGUCUGAGGAGGCACAAAUGAUUUGGGGCCUGGCUAAUGCUUAUCGAGCCUUAUUUAAUACUAUCCCUGAGAGGGAGAGGAUUUCUGAAACGGAGAGAGCCUCCAUGCUGAAAGAGAGUGUCUCAGGGCUGAUAGGGAGAAUCUCCAGGUCCAGAAACAGUCUCGUGGUUGAGAGAAAAGACCUCCAAUCCAAGUGAGACACCCUCCGGUCUGAGAGAGACACCCUCCAAUCCGAGUGGGACUCCCUCUGAUCUGAGAGAGACAUCCUCCGAACCGAGAGACACUCCCUUCAAUCCAAAUUCAACAAUCUUCAAUUUCAACAAGACACCCUCCAGUCUGAGUGAGACGCUCUCCAGUCCGAGCGAGACACCCUUUGGUCCAAGAGGGACAUCCUCAAGUCUGAACGGGACGUACUCUAAACUGAGUGAGACGCCUUCCAGUUCGCAAAAUUCAGUCUCCAAAUUGAACUAAAAAGCAUUCAGGCUCAUCCAGUCAUGCUCGAAUCUGAACUAAAUACCCUCAUAAUCAAACAAGACAGACUCCAAGCCGAGCUGGAGAGUGAGAAUAUAGGAACUGACCAACCUGAUCAACCACAGGAGGCACCACAAUUGAUGUCAGUUGCCCCUGUAAGAGGGUGGAAAAUGAAACAAAUCUCGACUCACUUAGAACAGAAGAAAGAGGAGAAGGAGAAAGUAGAGGAAGCAGGCACUGCAAGAGAAGAGGAGGAAAGAGGUCCAGAGGAGCAGCUCCAAGAUCCAUGGGAAGGGCCCUCAAGAACACUGCGAUCACCAAUGCCCAGGAGGGUAGCAAGAAGUUCUGAAAGAGUAGGAGGAGGACCUUCGUGUUCUGAAAUGAAGAUGGAGGCAGUCAGAAAAGCAGAAGCACUUGUGAAUUCAGAAGUUCCACCAAAGGCUUCUGAGAAGCAAGAGACAGUUCCUGAUGAAGAUGGUCCUGUAGAACUGAAGACACAUACUCAGAAAGACUACAUGCACAAUGCAUCAGACUCUGCAGCGCUGUCAUUGAUGCCUUGCUUACUGAUGGAACUGAGACGAGACUCUUCAGAAUCUCAGCUAGCAUCUGCAGAGAGCGAUAAGGCAACGGAUGGUCAAGUUUAUGAGAGUGACUCUUAUAAUCCUUGCAUGCUUUCUCCUUCUUCCAGUGGCCAUAUGGCUGACUCAGAUACAUUGUCUUCCACAGAAGAGAAUGAGCCCUGUCAAGCUGAAGCUGCUGUAGAGGGGGACCCUUCUGGGAUCUCCAGGGCUGCAGUUGGGAGGAAAUCCAGGCGAUCCAGGUCCGAAAGUGAGACUUCAACAAUGGCUGCCAAGAAAAACCGACAGUCUAGUGAUAAGCAGAAUGAUCGAGUUACCAAGGUAAAAGGUCACCGAAGUCAAAAGCACAGAGAAAGGAUCCGUCUGUUAAGGCAGAAACGGGAAGCAGCUGCUCGCAAGAAGUACAGCCUGCUGCAGGACAGCAGUACCAGUGAUAGUGACCUGACGUGUGACUCAAGCACGAGUUCAUCUCAUGAUGAAGAGGUUUCAGUGAGAAGCAAGACCAUCACUGCAGAGAUACCAGAUGGAGCUCAAGUUGCAGCUCAUGAUAUACCAGACACAAACUCAGACCCAGAAGUAGUAAGUGUGGACAAUCUGUUGGCAACUGCAGUACCUCAGGAGCACAAUAAUUCCUUGGGAAAGCAAGACCUGGGAUCUACACAGAGAACCAGAGAACUCAUAAAUGAGCAGAGCGCUGACACAGGUCAUUUGGAUCCAGACUUCUUUGCAAGUGACAAAACCUCUUCUGGUAAUGUCCAGAUCAAUGAAGAAAUUAGUAUUGCCUCUUCUGAUAGCGAAGUAGAGAUUGUUGGAGUUCAGGAACAUGCAAGGUGUGUGCAUCCUACAGGAGGUGUGAUCCAGAGUGUGUCUUCCUGGAAGCAUGGCUCAGGCUCACAGUACAUUAACACUCAGCAAACACAAUCAUGGACAGCUGUGACUCCCCAGCAGAAUUGGUCUUCGCCCCCAGAAAUAGUAGACCUCACUUUGGAUGAGGAUACCAGACACAAAUAUCAACUGUAAUGCAAUGUUACUGUGUUUCUGUCCCUAUCCCUUCUCCCUUUGAGGCACAGAAAUUCAUUACUACAGCUUCAGCUUCAGAAUUCCUAUUCCUGGCACUAUGAGAUUCAAGCUCAUGAAGUUUUUCAUUUCCAUAAGAAUGUAAUAUAAUUUUAAUAGGAUUUUAAAUGUUGUGGGAUUUUUUUUUUUUUUGCUUUUGCCUUCUCAAAGGAGGAUUCCUCCCAAAGUUAACACCCAAUAGCUCCAAAUUUAAAGCACAUCUAUAUUUACUAAUUUGUGUGUUAAUUUGAAGAAAUAAUUGUGUACAGAGUUAUGUCAUUCUACCCUUUCCCACCUCCAACUUCAGAACAUUUUUAAUUUAUCAGUAUAUUGAUUUUGUAAGUAGCAGUUAGUGGUUUGCUGUGUGAGCAUCAGUUGUUUUGAGAAAUGCUGUGUACUCGCUGAUUUCAGUGGAACUGGAGGUUUUCUGCCCAUGGUUUGGAUGGGCAUACGCUCUGCUGGGUGAAACACUGGCUGGGUGGCUGGGCCCAAAGAGCUGUGGUCAAUUUAGUUAAAUCCAGUUGGCAGCCAGUCACGAGCAGGCUCGGUAGUCACCCCAGGGCUCAGUACUGGGGCUGCUUCUAUUUAACAUCUUUAUUAACAAUCUUGAUGAGGGGAUUGAGUGCACCCUCAGUAAGUUUGCAGAUGACACCAAGUUGGGAGGGAGUGUUGAUCUGCCAGAGGGGAGAAAGGCACUACAGAGGGACUUGGAUAGACCGAAUUGAUGGGCCAAGGUCAACUGUAUGAGUUUCAAUAGGGCCAAGUGUUGGCUCCUGCAUUUUGGUCACAACAACCCCAGGCAACCCUACAGGCUUGGGGAGGAGUGGCUGGAAAGCUGCCUGAUGGAAAGAGACCUUGAUGUACUGUUGGACAGUCGGCUGAAUAUGAGCCAGCAGUGUGCCCAGGUGGCCAAGAAGGCCAAUGGCAUCCUGGCUUGUAUCAGGAAUGGUGUGGUGAGCAGGACUAGGGAAGUAAUCUUGCCCCUGUACUCGGCAUUGGUGAGGCCUCACCUCAAGUACUGUGUUCAGUUUUGGGCACCACCGUACAGAAAGGACAUAGAGGUGCUGAAGCAGGUCCAAAGAAGGGCAACAAGGCUGGUGAAGGGCUUGGAGAAUAUGCCCUACGAGGAGAGACUGAAGGAGCUGGGCCUGUUUAGUCUGGGGAAAAGAAGGCCGAGGGGAGACUUUAUUGCUCUCUUGCAAUACCUGAAAGGUACUUACAGCGAGAGCAGGAUUGGUCUCUUCUCACUGGUGACAGGUGACAGGAUGAGGGGAAAUGGCCUCAAGUUGCACCAGGGUAAGUUUAGGUAGGAUAUCAGGAAGAACUUCUUUACUGAAAUGGUUGUUAAGCACUGGAAUAGGCUCCCCAGGGAGGUGGUUGAGUCACCAUCCCUGGAUGUGUUUAAAAACCCUUUGGAUGUGGUGCUCAGGGACAUGAUUUAGUGGAGGGUUGUUAGAGUUAGCGUAGUAUGGUCAGGUUGCGGUUGGACUUGAUGAUCUUUAAGGUCUUUUCCAACCUGAGCGAUUCUAUGAUUCUAUGAUUCUAUUCAACACUUCUGUAAACUGAGCCAGGAGUAUUUAUAUUCAAGCUGAUUUGGUUGUGUAACCAGCAGGAGGGACUGUCUUUAAUACAAAAGGUCCAUAAUGCGUGCACUGACCAUUUUCUAAUUAAAAGACUUUUUUUUUUCAAUGUAACUUAUAGUUUUCACUAUUUUCAGUGCUGAGUCUUCUGUCUUCUUGACUACUGUGUUUCACUGAUAAUUUCCCACAGUUUGUUACAGUUUAAAAUAGCAGUAGUAGAAACUGUCUAGCAGUUGAUAACUGCAAAAGCACAAAAAAAUUACAACUAAUAAAAAAGCCGAACAUCCAUCUGCUUUUAAAAUGUAUCUGCACUUUUCCCCUAUUUCUGAAUCUUGCCUGGAGUGGGGGAAGGACAGAAAUGAAACAUAUUUGCUCCUAGUCUUCAUUUCAUCUAUUGCUUAUUUACUUCAUUGGCCAUCUGAAAACACAUGUAAAACCCCAGUCUGGCACAGCACUGAUUCAGAUGUGAAGCGCUAAGCCCUGGCAGUUUACUAAAACUUGUGAGUCCACCAGGGAAGUGGCGGAGUCGCUGUUCCUGGAGUUAAAAACCGUGUAGAUGUGGCACUUAGGGACGUGGUUUAGAGAGCAUGGUGGUGAUGGGUUGAUGGUUGGACAAGAUGAUCUUAGAUGUCUUUUCCAACCUUGGUGAUUCUAGGAUUCAAGUGCUUCAAACUCUGUCCCGAAGGGUGUUGUAGGAUCAGUGUGUAAGGUUGCGAUCUUUUCUUUAACUAGAUUUGCACCAUUUUCCUGUCUUUAGGUAAUGUCUCUUAUCCUAGUUUUGGAAUUGCUUUUAGGGUAUGUUCCAGGAAACACUUUCUACUAGAAUAAUGGCUUGACCAGAAUCAGUGGAACUGCUUACUUCAGUGGGCUCUAGCUUCUGUAGCAUAUAUGGAAAUUCUUGGCCCUUAUCAUUUUGGGACAUUUUCCAGGAAAAUACCAAAGAUUUGACUUAAACAAGAUGAUAGUCACUUUAAAUGUCUAUUGUACAAUUAAAAUGUUCCUUUGUAUUCAAAAUGUUUUUAAUGGAAAUUUUAUACAGCUCUGUUGGCAGAUUUUUGCCUUUUAAGACUGAACAGAGGGUAUUUAGAUCAUGGGAAGUUCUGUUUCCUUUUUGUGUUGGCUAGUUUUUAAAUUUAUUUGGCUUCCAAUAAUUUUCUCUGUGAGCAAAAAAAAAAAAAAAAAAAAAAAAAAAAAAAAAAAGGGAAAAAAAAAGACCACCAAAUCCCAAUUGCCUAUGUUGUCACAUAAUAAUAAAAAAGUCAUGUUGAUACGGUUAGUAACAAAGAGAUUUUCCUGAAUAAGCAGAAAGGUUAUUGACUGCACUUUACAGAACAAUUAGGUAAGGGACUGCUAUUCCAGUUGAAAGUGAUAAGUGUGUUGUAUGACCAGAAAACGUUGGUGGUGCUUCUAGGGAUGUUUUUUCUUCUUCAGGGCAGCAGGGAUAAGCCUGUACUGGUGGAAUGCUCUGGCAGCAGCAGCUGCUGAUCUUUUUCUCCUAUUUUCAUUGUGUAACCUGGCCAUCAGUUUAUUGGGCUAGCACACAUGCUGUAAGGUAACUUUGAAACAGUGGUUUAUUGUGGCUGCUUUUUGCUGUUUCAUGAAGUCUUUUAAAUACAGGUUUUGAAGAAAGCUGCAGGGACCCAUUCAGUGGAACUGAAGGUAUUCAACACUUCUGAAAACUGGGCCCAUUUGUAGUCUUUCCAUUAAAAUGUAAACUAUCUGUUUUUUAGUUUGUAUGUUAUGUGACUUCCAUGUAUGUAUAAAAACAACUGCGUCCUAACCAAACUUCCUCCAGUUGUGCACUGUGUUCAAACAAUUCAUGUAUUGUAGUCUGAUGCAGGUUUCUUUUUAUUUUAUUUAAAACAUCACAUAUUUUAUUUUAUCCUUAACAAAUUUGAAAAGGGUACUGAUCUGAAAACUGCAAUCACUGGGAUAACUAGGAAGUGUUUUCUUUUGUUUUCUUUACACUAAAAAAAAAAAGAAAAAAAAAAGAGCAAAAGAUGCCUGGACAGUUCUGCAGUUUUGCUCUUCUCAACAAGAAAGUAAAAUGUUUAGCCAUUGUAUGGCUAAGAACCAAUGCACUUAGGAUCUGAUCCAGAACCCACUGGAGCUGAUGAAGGGCUUUUCCUCAGCUUCAGUAUGCAUUGGCUCAAGUCCUUCAUGGUUUAGCAGUUCCUGAAUUGCUCAAGUGUGAACUUGGUACCUUCUAAAUUGAAGACAAAUCAUUGCUUAGAAUUUAAAUGUUUAAAAUCUGUGACUCUAGUUUAAAAAAAAAGUGAUUUUUUCUUGACACUCAUUAUUUAGUUCUCAUUUUCCAUCUAGUAUUUGGAAAAAAAAAAUAAAACAGUGUUUUAUACAUAUAUAUAUAUAAUAUAUAUAUAUAUUUUGUGCAAGAUGAGCCCUUCUGGUUUCUGAAACAAGCCUGUAGCAUAAAGUUGAAACUAUUUUAAGACAAAAUAAAAUAGUGUAUUAUUUAAACAACA